AUGUAUUCGGUAUUACAGAGCUGUGAAAUUCAUGCCAACUAUGUACAUACAGGUAUCAAGAAGUUCCAGCCCACUCAGACAUCCAACCUUGAAGAAGUGACUGCUGAUUCAGAAGAAUGCAGAGAGACAGAACAGCUGGCAGCCGCAGAAUCAGCAGAACUAGAGUUCCAGAGGUCCAACGUGCAGCAACCAGCUACAUUGACGUUCCAGAUGCCUAAAGUACAGCAACCCGUGCUGGUGUUACAGAUGCCCAAAGAGCAGCAACCUGUGCAGAUAUUUCAGAGGCCAGAAGUGCAAUACCAAGCAACUUACUUUCAACCACAGCCUAGUGAGGUGAUACCAGAGGUGACCAGCCGACAGGCAGAUCUGUGGAACAGUCUACCUCAAGCCAAAGAGAAGCAAGAUUGGCCAACAAGCUCACACAGCGUGACAAGGUCAACAUACACCACUCCAGUUGCAGCACAUACUUUCAAUCCUGCAGUUCCUAGACAGGGACCAGAAUUGCCUAAGAUGACAACUGUUCCUGCAGUAGCAUCAACUCCACAGCAGGCUUUUACCCAGCCAAGAAGCAAGUUGCCAAAUAAUCACGUCGUGGCAUUACAGCACCUGAAAGUUCCGGAGAGUGAACUAGGAGAAAGGUGUGAUGAGAGGUUUGAUGUACCCUUGCAUAGUACUGCUAUGUCAGUGUAUGAAGAUGAAAAAACCCAGUAUUUAGAGCAUGAUGAAUCCAUCAGUAAUUCAUCAGAUAACAGUGUACCUGAUGCUCCUGUGACCAUCAGCAGGGCAGAAAAACAAAGUCAUGUACAGAAAAGCAAAAAUCAGCUUGCUGUAAAAUCAAGGCGAGUGAGAAGAGAUGGUACUGAAUCAGAACCUGAGAUAGAUGAUUUGAUGCCUAAGUUGAUUGUUACAUCCUCUGUGCAGCAAGAGGAGAGAUGUGCAUCAGGAAAGGAGAUAGAAAACAUCACAGAUCCAGAAGAUGAUCUCAUAGUAAACAGUUGGCACUCCGAGAGGCGUUCCAGACAUGUCACAGAAUCGAAUGUUGUUCUGGACAAGUUCGAGAAAAUAACAGGUCAACACAAACAGGAAGCACUGGAGAAUGAUGAAAAAUAA